AUGGAACGCAUUUUGGAAGAGUUGUUUGCGCGGACGUUUCUUGUUCUGAUUGCACGAAGGAACAAUUUCGAGGACGAAACUUCUCCUGAAGAAGAUGCGGAGUCCACGACCACCUCCGGGGGAGGACAAGGACUACAGGGCGCUGCUCUAGUACAGCAACCCGUUCUACCACAUGACAAAAUACGCUUUCAUCUCCUCCACACCGCCAUUGCGAACAAGUUGAACGCGAAAAGGAGUGCGGAAGUCGUGGACACAGUUGUGGAAUUUGUGGAAACGAGUACAACAACGUCGGAGAUUUUUGGUCAUGCCGCGGGCCCAACGAGUACCACUACUGGAGACAAGGAGCGUAAAAUCAAUCGUGUUGCUGGACGAGAUGAGAAAACUCUUCUGGCAGCCGCAGCUCCUCCUGCUCCCCAGGGUCGUCUUGCUUCUAUGCCUACGCAGCAGCAGCUCGGAAUAAAGAAGAUGAAGAAAUUGUCCGAGUUUGUUGUUGGUGUGAAGAGUUCUAGUUCUGCCAGUUCCCUGCUAUUGUCCACCCGCAUCACAAGUUUAGUGAAAAACGGAGUCAUUUUUUACGGACACUGCCGGCUUGGAGGAGAGGAUCUUUUAUUCCAAGCGCCAGGUACAAGAACGACUUGUGCCUCUAGAACAAGAAGCCUGUCGAGAAACGAAACUGCUUGCGAGCACGACCAUGACCACGAGCCUCUACUUUUCGCGGUGCAGGUACUUACCCUGCACGAUUUGCAGGACGUUUUUCAGGACUUUUGUCUGCAAAGAACUUCUUGUGAGGAAAGAACCUUCGAAACCACUGGAAAGGAACGUGUACCUCGUCCCGGUACUAGCAGUACAACUCUCAACGGAAACUGUUGGAACUUGGAUUUCUUCGAGGCCUACGCAACGGCCUGGGUGAAGCAGCAAACGGCAGAGCUGCUGUUUUCUACAACCGCUAAUGUUUAUCAAAUGUAAAAAUGUCUGGGUCUGGAAACUUGUGAUGCUGGGUGGCGUCUCAUGAUGAGGCUACAAAUGCUGGCUCAGCAUGACAAGUUUCUGAGCUCCUAGGUGUUGCCUAUUCUGCAUGACAAACUGCGCUUCUGCAUCACAGAGAACCGGAGCUCUUGGGUAACGUGCGUGACAGAUUUAAGAGUCAUGCCAGACAAGCAUGACAAGCAUGAUUUCUUCCAGACCCAGACAUUUUUACAUUUGAUAAUGUUGCUACACCUACAACUACUAGCGGAGGCGCAGCAGCAGCGACAACAAGUACGAACACAGCAUUAGGUGGGUGGACGAUAUCAAGCAACUACGGAAACAAGAUGAACAAAGCCAGAACUUCGAGGAUUCAACGGGUGCUGCUCGUAUUGACAAAUGAGGAGGAGGAGGACGAGAAUGCCAAUGCGAGAGAUGAUUCGCCGACCCGUCUAAAUCAAGCCAAGAACGUCAGCGUGGAAAAGGGGACUUCUAAGCGCUCAUGUUCUCCCAGAAGUAGGAAAACCGAUUUCGAAACCAUUCACAAAUUGGACAGCCUGGAACUGCUGCUGGCGGCCUUGCGCACUGGAAGUAGAUCUUCUUGCACCACCUCUUCUGCGCCGGGUGUUGAAAAUUAUAGUACAAGAACUUCUUCUAUCAAAUGCAAAAAUGUCUGGGUCUGGAAACUUGUAAUGCUGGGUGGCGUAUCAUGAGGAGGCUACAAGUGCUGGCUCAGCAUGACAAGUUUCUGAGCUUCUUGGUGUUGCCUAUUCUGCAUGACAAACUGCGUUUCUGCAUGACAGAAAAGUGGGGGUCUUGGGUAAUGUGCAUGACAAAUUUAAGAGUCAUGCGAGACAAGCAUGACAAACUUGCAUUCUUCCAGACCCAGACAUUUUUACAAUCCAUAUCUUCGGCGCUCGUUUUCACCGUGAACAAGGAAAACAGCAGGGGUGACCAAUACCACCUGCAAGAACUGGCGCCACUGCUGGAGCGAAUUGAGCCGGUGUCGCUUUUUUCAAGUGCGGAAAAGAUGCGAAGCAAUACCCUGUUCUUCCGGAAGAUGAGGAAGGUCGGACACAAUUACUUUGCUUUGGAGGAUGAAGUGAAGAUCGUGGGUGAUGAAGAGCUUCAAGUUACUAGAACAAUAGGACCAGCAGCGUCACUAGUACCACCAGGCAGCGGUCGCCCCUUAUCCUCCUUUCCGACGUACCUGCUUGUCUCCGGGCCGACGGCUGAAGCGCGAGAGCCGGUCGUGCGUCUUGUGAAGAAGCUGCUGGAAAUUUAUUUAGCAGGUGCGAGGACCACUUGCUCGGUGCAAGAAGAGGUCAAAGACGAAGACGCCAAUGUUGAGAAGAAAGAAGGAAAGGACCAGCAGAGCAUCGCGGCCGACGAUGCUCGAAGAGCACGGAAUUAUAAACUGCCCGGAAUAAUUCCAGGCGGCCUGUUUCUGGAGAUUUUCUUUCUCCAGCAAUUACCGAUGGUAGCAUCUUCUGCUAUUUCUUCCAACAAGACCGAGACCAGCAGCAGUGGUAGGACGACCGCGAUGCAGCUUGUGGAAAAGAUGCUUUUUUCCGUCCUGGAGCACUUCUGCUGGAACCUGUUUCGGAUAGACCUUCCAGUAGUUUCUGCCUCACAAUCCGAGGCUCGUUCGGAGAUGAAUCGGGGACAUGACAAGCGGCCGAAUUAUCGCGCCAGCAGUUCUACUUGUACCGCUACUUCUACUACAUUUGAUGCCACUGUAAGAACAAGAAAUAGAGCAUCAAGAGUACUAGAGCAGCGGCCUCAUCUACUUCUACCUCAGGAGCCGCCGAGGGAAGUGAAGCGCGCGAUGAGGCAGUUGGUGUGCUGCAAGACAGAAGAGGAGAGAAAACUGCUGCCAACCUGGCUUACGCCCUACGUGGUUUUAGCUGCUGUGAGUGGGCCGCGGGGUGGUAAAAACGGCUGCGAUGGGGCCGCUGGGGAGGUCGAAAAUAUAUGUGGCACUGAUCAUACCAGAACGACUGCAGAUAUAAAGGUGCCGCAACUCGUCCACGUGCAGGUGGUGAACAAGAUCCGGCUAGGCAAAACAAUUGGACUGCUGGAUGAAAAUCCUUUCGAGGGCGGGGAGGAACAGGAACAGCCUAGAGCUAGUGCAACGCCGUCGUCGUCCAGCACCCAAGAAGAACUCCAUCCCCUGGAGUCAGUUGCGGUAGUGAAGGAAAUUUUUGACACUCUACUUCGCACAUUGAAGCAGAUUGCGCGAACGGAAAUGAUGUGUUUUGAAGAUGGUGUUGGUGAUAAUGAUCACCACAGCGGGCCGGGGUGGGUAGGAGGAUAUUUGAUGUGUGG